UUACAUUUUGAAUUUAAAAUCAUUGAUUUUGAUUAAUUUUUUUUUUUUUUGUUACAAAUAUAUCAUAUUCUCAAAAUCCAGAACCACAACAAGAUGAAAACCCACAACAAAACCCGCAAAAUACACCUCCAACUCCUCCUUUAGAGCAUACACUGAAGCUACACAAGAUCAAUUGCUUAAUCAGUUAGGGCAAAACACUACUAAAAUAAGUAGAUUGAUUAAUAAAUUGGAAACAUCUAACCUUGAGCAUCAUUUAUCCCUUGCCACUAGCCUAAAAACAUUAGCUAGUGGUGCCACUGCAAUUUCCACUCAAUUUACAAAAUGGGGAAACUACAGGGAUAGGUGUCGUGCAUUUUAUGAGAAUGGAUUGUCAUAUGAGGGACUGAAAAACAAAAACAUAAGUAAAGCACAAAUAUGUGCUCUUUUUGUUGAUCCUAGAACUGGUGAGUCCUUACCUCUUAAUGCAAAGAGGUUUCCCAUACAUUGAUGUACCAAUGUGCAGAUGAGGGAUCUGUUUUGGAAUAGGUGGUGGAUGGUCUUUGACGAACCACCUUGUAAUAAAUAUGAGGUGCCAUUGUAUUUUUUGAGGAAAGUAUAUUGUGAAUUUGUCCUUAAUGAGAAGCCUAAUUAUUUAGACAUGAGAGAGUUCCAUGGUAGAGGUGGCGGCUUUGCCCAAGAUAGAUCUGGAGCUUGUAGGGUAGUAGAUCCGCAGAGUCGUCGCCCCCUAGCACCCAAACCCAAGGUGCAUGUGAUUGUCCCAGUAGCCCUGAAAGAGUCGAUGGAGCUACAAACUCUUCAAGAGGCCACAACAUUGACUGAUGCGAUCAUCCAGCAUGGGACACAGUUAGCACACCCUCUUGUACCAGAUGAUGAUCCAUUAGCUGGGGCAAUUGACGUUGGUGAACCCAUUCAGCAUGUGUGUCCCACUUGCUUAGGCAUAUGCACAGGGAUGGAUGAUGAGGCCACUGCAAAUGGCUCCACAACCCAUUAAUGCACAAUUUGUGGGAGUAGAUGUCAGACUAGCACGACUGAGGAUAUGGCACUGACGAAUGAAUUCAUGGACAUGUGUUGUUUUCUAGUCAGCCGCAGACACGGGUGUGUUGAUUUGAAUUUAUAACAUUUUAUUUAUCAAUCACUUAAAAUUUGUAAUUGUAAAUAAAUUUUCAUUUAUGGAUCGAUUUAAAUUGAUACAAACAAUAUGAAUUUCAAGAUGCAGCAACGACAUUUGAUAUUCUUCCCACAAUUAUUGCAAUUGCAACAUCGACACCCGAGGUAUAAAUUUUGUAACAUGUUAAAAUAGAAUAGUACACUUUGAAUUCAAAAAAAUUAUAAGGUAUACUAACUCUCUUUAAUGCUUGACAAUUUUUUGUUUUGUAGGCAUUGUCAAGGGACCAAAUGUCCCAGAUUGACGAUGUCAUGCUCUCAGUGAUUGAUUUGGCCUACAGAGCUAUGCGGGUACCCCCUCCGUGUCUAGGUCUGGUCCUCAACGGAAGAAAUCCUCGAGGAUGCCUAAACAUGGGAAGAAGAUAUGUUGAAUGCACCUGAUACGCCCGAGGAUCGAGAGAGAACAGAGGAAAUAUCUAUAGUUGCUUCAUCAAUGGUGAGCCCUCCUCCAUGUACUGGAGAAGCAUCUCAGGCUCCGGUAAUAGAAACAACUGCUCCAUCGAUGGCGAGCCCUCCUCACUCUAUUGGAGAAGCAUCUCAAGCUCCGCCCCCUUCGCGGUUCGACCAUAACUUGGAGCCUUUGAAGAAGGUAUUCAAGAGAACUCCUAAUGUUGACAAGGAGAAGACAGAGAAGACAGUAGAUCCUAGAUCAGCAGAUGAGCCAUCUACAGAGCCGCAUAAUGCAUCGAAGAGGCUUGAUUUUGAUGAUCCACCACAAACUGUAUAAGAUCAUAUAGUGUUAGCUAUGAUCAUUGAAUGACCAAUACAUGUAGAUGUAUUCUACAUUUUUAUUGUAUAUCGAU